GCUCCGAAGUAAAUGACCUGGUGGUUUGCUCACAUUUUUGGUGCUCCUUCCCUGCAGAAAUACUUGAUCCAUCGGAUGUUCCUUGUGGGAAAAUUGAGGCAAGGAGUACAAGACGGAGAGAUCAUAAGUAUACCUGCUAUACCUAUUCUUAAUUUUAGUGUGGCCAGAACAAAAAUGUGGCGGAAAUGACAAGAUUCAUUCAUGCAAAAUGAACAUGAUGGGAGAUGUUGCAGCGGUUGGCUUUUGCUUGACUGGGAAAGUUUGGGGCAGAAAACUAGUUUUCUAUCUGAGGAUUUAUAAUUUUCUAGCAUACUACACAUCCCAGGAUCCCAUCAUGGUUAAACUGAGGGUCCGGUAGUAUAACCGUCCAGUGUCAGAAAGAGGGUUGAACUGGGUGACCUUUAGGGGUCCCUUUGAACUCUAGGAUCCUGUUAUUGUAAUGUGCUUUUCGCUCUCUUUGCCAGCCUAUCAUGAGCAGCUCUUCCAGCAGAUCUACAAAUUCCAUUUGGGAGAAGCGGCUUCCGGGGUCCUGCUCAUCUAUCCUUCCUGCAUUCUUCAUGUUAUUGAGGCUUCCAGUGGGACUCUCUACCACAUCCUGAAGGACCUUGCCAACUUUGAAAAGAAAGGCUCAGAGGCCCUGUUGCAGAGCAUGAAGGUGCUGGUCCUCUCCCACAACAUCCCCACGCGGCUCUUCUCACAGUGGUAUGCCACAGCGGUGGAGGUGCCCGAGACUCUGGAGGACGCCACCCAGGGCCAGACCACUGAAGAGGUGCUCACCGAGUGCCUAACCCUCUUGCUCAAGAUGGGCGUCUACCUGGCCACCCUCAAGGUGGGCAACAAGGGCCUGAGCGACUGCCUGCACCGGGGGGUCCCCGAACUUCUGAUCCCGGCUGAAACUGUCCACCGCCUUUGCCAGGCUCCCGAGUGCUGGAGCCCCGCUGAGUUCCUCCAAACGUUCAGUAACCCUCUGCAGCCCAGCAUGGAUUCUGAAACGGUGUGGCCCACUCCUGCCCAUAUGCUGAAAUGAAAGGCUCCGGAUAUCCAUCCAAAAUGCAGGAUGAUAGUAUCAUUGGUGAUAUGAGCCUAAAUACAGACUUUGGCCUGGGAUUCUUGAGAUCCAUCUGCACUAGGGAAGGCAUCAAUAAAGAUGUU